UUGACGUCACAGUUGCAAGAGAAGUCGUUGUGAAACGUGAGUCUUCAGGAACAUAAAGUUGUUCAUUUUACAGAAAUACUUGUAAUUAGGCCCGAUACAUUAUAAAGUUUACAAGCUCAUUUAAUAAAACUAGUGACUAGUUAGCUCUAAAAGUUAAUUGAAUUAAAAGUUAAUUGAAUUAAUCAGAAUGCACAAACACGAAAAAUAUUCCUUUUAAUUUACUGUGACAGCCUACCAAAUUCAACCGGACAUUUACACGUGUUUCGACAAUAACUCUUGCUGCCUUCAUAACCACGUCUUCCAAUAUGUGACUGCUGUACACAGAUGUUAAAUUAUCUUCCUUUUUGAAGAACCUUUUCCCUUGGAUAGUUUACAGUUGAACCUUUCCGGAGAUUAAAGUGUGACCUUACGUAAAUGAUAGGCCUAACUAAAGAUGAAUUAUUCAUUGAAUAGGAGCCAGGACAAUGCGACGGAUUCCGCCGAAUAUCACAUUGACAGUACCGCGAAGGUCGAGAUGCUGCUGCUCAUUUUGGUAAUGAUGUUCAUCGUCAUCGUCAACAUCCUAACGCUGAUUACUGUCGCCAUCCACCGGGUUAUGUGGACCGUGCCCAACAUGUACGUAGUUUCGCUGGCGAUAGCCGAUUUACUAACCGGCUUCUCAAUCAUUUACCAACUGUUGCCUAUCUUUCCGGAUCUGAAGCCAAAGUUUGACAGCAAUAAAUUCCUUUGUCUAUUUAAACAUUCAACGUUGUUUACAUUGGUAUCGACUUCGAUUUUGAAUAUGAUUCUCAUUGCUUUCGACAGAUGGGCGUACGUUACGUAUCCUUUUGUAUAUGAACGACUGUCAACAAUAAAAAGAGCUGUGAUACUCAUUGCAUUGGCAUGGGUCCUGGGAAUACUUAUUGGCACAGUGCCACUGUAUGUCAAUAACUGGAGACAUGGUUGUAGGUUUUUUGAAGUACUGAGUAUGGAAUAUCAAAUAUACGGCCAGGGGAGCUUUUUGGUGGUGUCUUCGAUAAUCAUCGCAGCUUGCUACCUACAUAUAUUUCAUAUUGUGAGAAAACAGAAAGCGGCCAUUCUACGACAGAGAUUACUUAUUGCUAACCUCAAUCAGACUAGUCUUGUUCCAUCACCGCGUAUUUCGCACUCCUCACCGCAUCUUUCGCACUCCAAGGCGUCGGUGACGUCGAUGCGGGAGGCAAAACUGGCGAAACUCCAAAACGACUUUGACUUGGUCAAAAUGUUUGGUCUCGUCUUCGGUGUUUUUUUCUGCUGCUGUUCCCCGGCUUUGAUAUUGGGAAUCGUCACGUACUCAACGGGGAAAUACAAAGAUGCCACGAUCUACACUAUUCCCAUUGUUGUAUUGAAUUCUGGGAUGAACUUUAUUAUUUACAUAUUGAGGAGCAGCCAGUUUCGGCAAGCAGUAAAAGCUACAUGUUUCGGAUGUCGACAUGUAGUAAACGAACCGGUUUGGGCAGUAAUGGUAUCAUCGCCAUAUACGUCCUCUCGUACAAGAGUGACGUGUGACAGUUUUUAAAAUUAUUAUUAUUUAUUUACUAGUAUUGUGGUAUUUUAACAGCAUUUUAGUAUUACAUGGUAUUUUUUGUUUA